GUGGAAGCUGAUACAGUUUGUCUUUUUAUAUUUUUCAUAUGUAAGUGGUAUGUGGCCUUCGCGAUGACCAGUCAGACUCGGGUAACGAAAUCGAACGUUCGAUUCGUCGCUUUUCAUUAUCAAAAAAAUACUUUAAGACUCCUUUAAUCGAUUGGACUGCUAGUGGAGUUCAGCCAUGUCGUACAUGCUACAGCAUCUUCACAAUGGCUGGCAGGUAGAUCAGGCCAUUCUGUCGGAGGAAGACAGGGUGGUAAUUGUGCGCUUCGGACACGACUGGGACCCCACAUGCAUGGUUAUGGACGAGACCCUUUACAAGUGUGCGGAGAAAAUGAAAAACUUUGCAAUUAUAUACCUUGUUGACAUAAGUCAGGUACCAGACUUCAACAAGAUGUAUGAGUUGUACGACCCCUGCACCUGCAUGUUCUUCUAUCGGAACAAGCACAUUAUGAUUGACUUGGGUACCGGUAACAACAAUAAAAUCAACUGGUCAAUGGAGGACGUUCAAGAGUUCAUCGACAUUGUGGAGACAAUAUACAGAGGAGCGCGCAAGGGCAGAGGUCUGGUCAUAUCACCAAAGGACUACUCUACAAAAUACAGAUACUGAUGUGUCCUUUAUCUCAUUCUUCAAAAUUGUUCAGUGAUUUAUUGUUUCAUGGUAUUUGUCAUGUUAUUAAUCAUUUGGUAUAGUACCUGUACUAGUAAGAUUAAAAUCUGUAAAGAAAAUCACUACAUACAUGUAGUCAUUGUAAGAUAGCAUGUGAAAAUAAAAUAAGAGCCGUCUAGAAAAUUGUUAAGAAAAUUUCUGCUUUACAUGCUUUUAAAUUUAAAACCAUCCAGUGAAGCAGGGUUCAAAAAGGUUGUAUACUUAUUAUGUCAUGAAAUUACGCAAACUAGGACUUUUGACGUUUUGUUCCAUACCAAAUGUAUUAAUUUGAGUUUUAUUAAGUAAAAUAAAAUCAUGGAUUUUUUUCUCACGAAUUUUAAUAUUUUAACAUUACAUGUAUAUGACAUACUUUAAUAAAACAAGUGUACUAAGAAAGGUGUAGCUAAAUAACUGGCAUAAAAAUAAUAGUAUUUAUUGUGUGCUGUGUUUAAUGUAAAGCUUGAUAUGAAGGUAUAACAAUAAAUCCUAUAGUGUAAAGUGGA